UGGCACUUGAAGUCUUGCCUUUGAUAGGCCUACCUCCUCCCUCCCUGGGCGCUGUCCAAACAAACAUCAUCACAGCAACCAUCGCACCCAGGACACGACAUCGACCACAUCUUCUUUCUGCCCUUUCUUCUCUUGUUCCUUUGGCAAACUACCUACGAGUACUGCCGACCCUUUGGUUUGUUCAACCAUGCCACAUUUAGUAGCAGCCAACGCUGCACAGCCUGAAAACCAAAUCCGCUCUCUCCCACUUGGCGAGCCCAUGAUCCAUGCUGUUUCGCGUCUCCUGGAUUCCAGCGGAGUCCCAAACGUUCUAUGGGGAAACUACCUUCUCACUGUCUAUGGAAUCCCGUCGCUGAGCAAUGAUGCUUCGUUUGCAGUACCCGACGACAUGAUACCCCGAGCGCGAAAGGUCCUCAACAGCGCUGCUGGCUUAGUCUCCUGCACGGACCAGAACUGUAUCGUUGUUACAGUUCGAUCUCGUCCCCCUCCUAUCAACCAUUUCCACUUGGACACAGAAGACACGCAUAUCUAUCUAUACCCGCUGUCCGAAGUGCUUCCAAACAUUCCCAGUAUCCCAGAUGCCGGCGACAAAAUCAUCUCCGCGUCUGACCUUGGUUGCCUUCCUGAGCCGAUAAUAGGCUACGGCAAGGGUGCGUUUGCUCCAGAGUACAGCUCCGUGCGUGUGCCUUCAAUUUCCUGCUUCCUGGAAGCCUGCCUCGUCAACUACGCACGCCUUGCUCGAGGUAUUGAGGACAAUCCAGGAUGCUGCCAUGACCUCCACUACAUGAGCUGGGCAUCGUAUCUCGUACAAUACGUCCAUCCACGCGGGUACCUCAACCUUGACUCGCUUCAGCCGGUGUUCAGAGACUUUAUGGUUAAUGGUUUUUUGGAAAAUAGUACUGCUGCAUUUGUGGCAGCGAGGGAGAAACUCAUUGCUUCUGUCUAA